AUGCAUAAAGGGUCAAGAAAUAAAUGGUUUGCUCCGAGUAGUUGCCACGGUGACGGAAGAACGCUCAGGGAGGAGGACAUAAAAGGGCCUAUUGUGGGCGUGGUCGGCAGAGACUCCGGCGUGGUUGGAGUGGUAAGGAGGGCUUCUGAUAUCGGCCCUAUUAGGGUCCAGAAGAAACAAACAGGGUCCCACAGCUGUGUGGGCAAGGAGGUGCCUCUUCCUGCCCUUUCAGUCCGGUGCGUAUGGGCGCCCUUGUUACUGCGAUGCUAUGUAACACCCGAAUAAGUUGGGAACGUCGUUUUUUCAACGUCUUUUUUUCUGAUGAGCCUCUAUAAGCUUCCCAAAGGAAAGGCGGGGGAGAUCAUCAUACAUGGACUAUUAUUGUUCACUUUGUUGCUCUCAUUUUGCUGGCAUUUUCUUCACAGUCUUAAUCUGGCGACCAAUCUGGGAGAUCUGCAUCGGCAAAACUCUGCAUGCCUGGUGGACAGUUCUUCCCUUAAUUCAGCCUACGCCAUAUCAACACCCAUGACUGUUAAAAGUAGUAUUGUGCUUUGAAUGCCUGGUGCAGAUGUGGUGUAAACUGGUAGUUUUCUUAUCGACAGUUUUAUGUUGCUACUGAUUAAUUUUGAAAUAGUCGUACAUUUCCUUGUAGGAAAGGUUCUCCCAAGCCCUUGGUUAUUUUGUCUGCCCCUUUCCCAGUUCUACAUUGUUCUUUUUGAGAUGGGGCAAUCAAUUUUAUACCAUGCAUUAGCUGCAGCAUUGGCAUAUAUAGAAGUUCAUUAAGGUAUUUCAGUUUCAUGUUUUAAUUUCCUGGUGAUCACCAUCAUGGAAUUUACAGUUUGUUUUUCUAAGAGUGUGCAGAAGUGAUUAAAACAUAACAAACCUCUUCCUCCCACCCUAUCCUGACCCAUUUCACCUUUGGAUAAACAUGCACAGGAUCGGGCUGCACAUUGAUAUGCAAAGCACUCCAGUACUGGACACGUUUUCUUGGAAACAAAGUUGCCAAAUUGUGUAGAGAAUACACCUGUGCAAUGUAAUGAUACUUUUAGGCUGAUUAGAAUUUGCACAUUUUUACUCGGAAGGAAGUGUAUAUAAUGUAGCCUCAGAAUGCUAAAAUACACAUUUUUUUAUAUUUGAAAAAAUUAUAAUCAAAGGUAAUACAAUUUUAUGUGUCUCUUCACAGUUUGAAUGAAAAAGUAACACUAGCAAGAAAACUAAUGUGUGUGACAGAACAAGAAACAAAAUUCUGGUAGCUUCAUAAAAUCCUGAUACUUUGCUAUCCCUCCGUGCAGUGGAGAACAAUGCAGUUAAUAGUUGUGAUUUUCAGGCUUGAAAUUUCUUCUGGGAAUACCUAACUACAGCUAGAAUUCCAAAUUGCUGCCUCUGAGUUGGCAGCUGUAAUUACUACAAAUUAAGGAAGACAAAUUAGAAUAAUUUUCCCCAUGGGACCCUUUCUUACUAAGCUAUAUUUGGUGGAGGGGAGUGGGGCAGAAGUGUUAUAUUUAUAAAGUAACCCUUUUGGUAUCCACAUGAGGAACCCUAAAAUAGCACUCUAGGUUAAAUCAGCUCAAGCCAAUAAUUGGAAAAGUUAAUUUAAGUGUGAUCAUGCUUUGGGAACAAAAAAGCAAGCAAGUUUGUGGGGAAAUGUGUGUUUAAUAUAAAUGUGUUGUCUCCACUUUAUUUUUUAGGAUUUAGUAAUUUCAAGAUGCAAUUUGUAACUAUUAAAUCAUUUGUGAGCCCUUUAAAGGGAUUCUUGAUAUUGCCAUCAGCAACCCAAGAAAAAAAAAGAGACGCCAUCACUUGCAUUUUAGAUGACAAACCACGAUGUAUCCUUUGUUCCUAUAGUUAACAAUGUAUGUGUAAAUAAAUAUAUAGCUUGUAUCAUAUAUAUCUGUUUUACUUUUGCUUUAAAGUGUUUGGGUAAUACUUAUUUGGUACUUGAACCUCAUUUUUUUGAGGUUUGGAGAAAUCUUGAGUCAUCAUUGGGGUUGCCAUAUUUCAAAGAGUAAAAUUCCUGACACCCACAAAGUUGUGGAACUUUUUAGGAGAACAAACCUACAUUGUUGAGCUUUUUUGGGGAAACCUAAACCAAAAACAGUUAUUUUAAGCUUUUUGAGCUGUUUCCAUUGCUUUUUCCAUCAUGUUGCCAUACAUCUGGGUUUUCCCUGACAUUCAACAAAAUUCACCCCCGACGCCAUUUUUACACCCUAAAAACCAGGACAUGUCAGGAAUUUUCCUGAUGUAUGACAAACUUGGUCAUCAUCCCCAAACCUAGAUACUUUGUCAUGAAAAAAAGAAAUAUAAUUGCAAUCAGUCUUACAUGAUAGUUGUGUGAGUUGAAAUAAGGAAAUACUAUUAUUUGUCUUGCAUCUAGUGGGGCAGCAAGCAGCAUGUGGUCAAAAUCAGGCAGUCAGUUGAACACUUGUUGACUCAACAUACACAUAAAAAGGUAAAGGUAAAGGUACCCCUGCCCGUACAGGCCAGUCUUGACAGACUCUAGGGUUGUGCGCUCAUCUCACUCUAUAGGCCGGGAGCCAGCGCUGUCUGCAGACACUUCCGGGUCACGUGGCCAGCGUGACAAGCUGCAUCUGGCGAGCCAGCGCAGCACACGGAACACCGUUUACCUUCCCGCUGGUAAGCGGUCCCUAUUUAUCUACUUGCACCCGGGGGUGCUUUCGAACUGCUAGGUUGGCAGGCGCUGGGACCGAACGACGGGAGCGCACCCUGCCGCAGGGAUUCGAACCGCCGACCAUGCGAUCGGCAGGUCCUAGGCGCUGAGGUUUUACCCACAGCGCCACCUGCGUCCCGCCAACAUACACAUAACACAUUGCUAAAAAAGUUGGGCUCCACCUCCACACUGCCGAGCAGUAGCAACAUUCAUUUAGAAGACAUCUGAAGGUAGCCCUGUAUAGGGAAGUUUAUUAAUGUUUCAUGUUUUGUUAUGUUUUUAUAUAUGCUGGAAGCCCCAAGAGUGGCUGGUUUGUGGGGGGGCUAGAUUCCCCUAAAUUCUGGUGUGCCAGAUCCUCCCAAUAAUUCCUGGAUGUAGUAAAAGUCAGAAUUAAUCAAGAUUUGAUUAAAUUUUGCCAAACAUAGAAAUCUCCUGGAUUUAGCUAUGCUAAGGAGCCAAGCCAGCUUUGCAGAGCUAGCUAGAUGGGCCAUUAGCAGAGGACACAGACCAGUCAUGGACCAUCAAGGAACCCAUCAGAGGUCAAGACUGCCAGGCAAGGAGGAGUGGGUAUUCUUUCUUGAGUGCUAGUGGGCUAGAAUUAGGGUUUCAACUUUGAAUGAUGUAGACUGUGGGGAGGUCCUUUGAGUCAAUUAGCAGCAAGAAGGAGAAGGAGGGGCAGAACUCCAUGUGAGUUGGGGAUAACAAGCUGGAACUAAGAAUCACAGAAGGUGGCUGUCCUUUGAAACCAAUGCUGCACUUAAGGGGGGAAGUCAGACCCUCAUAGGAUGUGAAUGCCCUGAAAUCGCUCCAUCUAGGUCCAGGUUGCAUAUGUGUAAUAAAACCAUAUAUCAUAAAGACACCACAGUCUCUGUUGUGCCUCAAAAGGUAAUACAGACCCUAGUAAGCAUGUCUGCAACCCCUGGAAUUUCAUACCAUUCAGGGAGAUCGGGGUGGUGUGUAGCAGUUUAUAAAAUAAAUAUAGCAUUUAAAUGAUGGCAAUAGGAGGUUUAACAAAAAGGAGGAGGAAGAAUUUUGCAUAUGCUUUGAAGGUUUUCAAAAUAUUCCUUAACAAAUAUCUGGUAGUGUACGUCAUUGGCAGCAUCGGACAAGUGAACCAGAAAAUUUCUCACUUAGAACUGGGUCUGAAAAGAUAUGACAGUAGUGAAGGAGUGAGUAAAGAAAUCUUAUCAGCACUUUAUACAAGGAAUCCCACUGUGUUUUUCUGAUGCUACUUCUAAAUAAUAGAUGCUUGGUCAAAGUAUAUUUCUUAGCCUUUUUGAUGACAAACUGAAAAUCAGUUGCUGCUGUUGUUGUUUUUUUAAAGCGGAGGUGAAGUCCUAGAUCAGCACUAAUAUAACUGUGCUGAACCAGAGAAUAGGAGACAUCAGGUACAAUGAUGCUAUCGCACCAGCUAGGUCUAAAUGUUGCAAGUUUUUGAAUCCCCAUAUUUUUCAUGCACAUAUAUUUAUUGACAAGAUCUUCUAGUUGUCAAAUAUUUUAUUUUACUCACAUUUCUAAUCCUAAUUUCAAAUACAUUUCUUAGGUUCCUGAAGAAUGUUCAGGUUUUAACUGAAACUCAGUGUUAAAAGAAUUACAAGAUAGUGAGGGAAUUAAUAAUGCCUCUCUUACUGAAUACAAAGAAGGUAAAUUCCAGGACCUUGUAGGAAGUUAGUGCCUAACCACCCUUUUCCAUUAUUUUUCUCAUUGAAGGUGAUUGGGGAAAUGGGGCUCAAGAGACGCAAGACAUCCAGAAAAGUAUCGAGAUCAGUUAGGGCAAAAGGUAUGCAUUAAUACUACCAAAUAUGAAAUGGAGGCUCUAACCCCUUAAAAAUGAUGUUAUUGUUAGAACAUAUUUAUUCCAGUAAAUUGGUAUAUUGUCCUGUAGUUCAGACAUGCCAAACCAUGAUUUGUGCUAACUGCAGUUAGAACUCUUGGCAAUAAAUCACCGUCCGCCAAGUUGUUGCGUGGAUAAAUAGGGACCUCCCAUAAUCUCUGCCCUAAGGAAGGAUUAGAGAGGGAGAUAAAUAUUACCAUUUUGUCUUACUCUUCCUCCAAGGCACUGAGGUUGGAAUACAUGGCUAUUCGGCUCCACACUGCCAUCACCAUUUUAUUCUCUUUUUGUGUCCCAAAAUACUGAACAACUUGGGAGUGUGAGAAGAAUCUGGUUAUAGAGGAAAAAAUUAUCAGUGAGCGUUAGCCUGAAUUUGUAAAGGGUUUUUUCCCCUGAUUUCCAGGGACAGACAUGGAUAAGAUUUAGUAAUAACAAAAACAGGUCAUGAGAUGUCAUGAGUCGCAACAAUUAGGUUUCCCAGUGCAGAGUUGCAGUAGAAUCAGUUGAGCAUCUUAGCCAGUCAAAGUACAUUUAAGAAAGUAACUGUGUUCCUGGCAUGGACUGAGCUUAGAUAUAUUGGAAAAUACAAAAGAAGGUGCUGAAUUUAAUUAGGGAAGAGGAUGCUUACUGGAGGGAAGCUAUUACUUGCAGAGGAUAAUUUAUGGUCAAAUCAGGGCUUUGAACUAGGCACUGGGGAUUUCAUUAAGCAAAUACAAGCAUAAUACUGGUCACUGCAGAGAAACUCCCCUUUAUGGUAGGCCACUUGGGGAACUUCGGUGGGAAGCUUUGGGAACCCCCCUCAAUAAAUGAUAAUUAAUUCAAUUUGAGUUUUCUCUGAUUACUUAUGUUAGUGUUAUGCUCUUUGCUCAGAGCAAAACCCUAGCGAAUAUACUUAGUCUCAAGGCCUGUUUAGAGUUCCAGUUUAACCAAGCAUUGGUUCAGCAUGCUGUCCACUAUACCACUCUGGCUCCUGGUCAUCUGUAAGGGCUCACUUCGUUCUGGGGUGGCCACAGUACCCACACAAACCACUGACAAAUAACAAACCUCCCUUUGCUUGGAAUUCAUUUGCUACCUACUAUAGUACCAUUGGCCAGCUGCCUUGACUAAUAAAGCGGGAUGAGUGCCGCAACCCCAGAGUCGGUCACAACUGGACCUAAUGGUCAGGGGUCCCUUUACCUUUUAUAGUACCAUUAAAAACUGGCACAGGCAUGUGGUGGAGUGCAGUGGAAAGGGGAAAAUAUGCUACUUCAUUUUUCUGGUGGAGCAAAAAUAUUUGCAAACCAUAACCCCAAAUCCAGUGCUCUUAUUUAACCAAUUCAUGCGAAAAGGUUGUCCAUUUCGUCCUAAAAUGCUCUUCAGAUGCUAAGGGUGGCCAUUUUUUUUCCUUAUGCUGUAGAGAGAGACCAGAAGGUGACACAGAAGUUUGGGAAGCAUGCUGCAGAGAAAAUAGCUCAGAAAAAGGUAUGAUGGCAUGUGAGGGAUCAGGAGUCAUUGAUUCCUGUGCAUAUUAGAAAGAUGCAGAAUCCUAGAUGCUCAGGAAGUAUGAGAUGAAUUGUGACACAAGUGCCUAGGAAGGUCUCAUGAUGAAUCAGAUAGUUGGUCUUUUUAAUCCAUUAUACACUCCUAUAAUAAUUGUUUCAUUUAUAUAACACUAGUCGUUAGUAUUUGUACAGUACAGUGCUUUUGAAUGUUCAAAGGUUUUUUUCCACAUCCUUUUACUCGCCACAGUCCUGAAAACAAGCUAAGAUAUUAUUAGUACCUAAUUCUAGAGGGGGAGCUAAGGCUGAAUAUGGCACUAGAUUUGUUAAUAGUUAACCAUUGCUGUGUAUGAAGGUGAUUUUUGUCAGGACUCUGGUGAGUCCCAGAAACUGUGGAAUGUCAACAGACUGUCCUUAGAGUGCUCACUGGGUUGAAUUGUGGGCUGAGUGUCUUCUUGAUUUCUCAUGUAUUAAUUUUUUUUUAACCCCUAGAUGGUAACAGAAAAGGAUAAACUUGUGGAAUUAUAUCAAUACCCAGGAUACUGUAAGGAGAAACCUACACCAUUGCCAAAUGGAAUAGAGUUGAGUGAAAUUUUGGAGAAGGUGAUUCGUGCCCAGGGUAAAACACCAGUUGGUAAGGUACGCUGCAUAUCUCAAACAUUCAGAAGUUGAUAGCAGGCUGGAUGAGGGAGGUAGUAGGGGUGAAUUGAUAAUGUAGGGCCAUACAUGCUUUUUUGAUGUGUAUUUACGUGGCGCAAGAUAGUAUAGCUGGAGCAAUGUCAGCACCAGGCACCUUCAGGCAGUUGCUAGGGCCACAGCAUCCUGGCAGGGGUCACAUCUGAUGACUUCCCUCGCCCUUCCCUUUGUUGGUUUUCCUGGUCUAUCACUCUGAACAGCCCCAGGUGGCUCAACCUAGUAUCACCCUUGCGGCAUUGUGGGCAGUUAAAACUGUGGUUAGACCCAGUUGCUUAUGACCGCUUGGAAUGCUGUGACUGUGGCUUGGUAAGUUAGGGCCACUAACAAAGGACAGAGCUCACUAAAGGACACUUUAACCAGGGCUCCCUUAAACCUGGAGUUGACCCAAGUGUAUAAUCUGGUACAGGAGUUAUGAUCUUGCUAUAAUAGCCAUGGUUAAUUGGCCUGAGAAUGAACAUUGUUCCUGCCUUCUUCCUUCCGUUCUUCAUUCUCUCUCAAGGCAGAGUUGAAACAUCCAGUGUUUCUUAUACCUCAUUUCCCCAUUAUAUCUCAACUGGAAAACUCUGGUUAAUAUUGGACAACAAACCAGGAUGUGAAAUCAGGGUCUGAAACGUCUAGACCAGAGCUUUCCAAACUGUGAGUCGCGACACAUUUGUGUGUCGAGUGCAGUGUGUUGGUGUGUCACGCGAACACUUCCUGCGCCCCUCCCAGGGAUGGAGAGGGGUUAGUUUAACCUCUGGUUUGCUAGUAAAACUGAAUUACUGUGUCAUGAAAUGAUGCAUGUCCCAAAAGUGUGUCACCAACAUGAAAAGUUUGGAAAGCUCUGUUCUAGACCAUCAGGAGCAUUGCUAGGCCUUUGAAAGACUUGGGGCGCAGCCAAUCACACAUAUUUGCAUAAAAUUUGCAUGUACUGAUAGUCAUUAUGGAUUCAUAUUUGAGCUGACCUUCAGCAGGAAAGCCACCCUGUAAGCAAAGUAACAAUUUUUAGAAAGGGGGGGGGAGAGAAGAUACAGGAGAGCCAGAAUCCAGUACAAAAAAUCAAAGGUUCAGGCUCCUUAGACCAUGCUCCUUAGACCAUGAAGAGUCUUUUGGCACCUUAAAGCUUAACAGAUUUAUUAUAGCAUAAGAUUUCAUGGACUGGAAUUCAGUGCAUCAGAUGCAUGAAAUUUAAUCCUAAAUUGGCAGGCAUACAUACACAUCAUGUGGGUUUUCCAGACAGGAGUUAAAUAAUGUAAAUGUGUCAUUGAGAUGUUGCAAACAGAUUGUUGGCAACAGCUUUUUUUAAAAAAAAACUUACUGGAUUUUCUAUAGAAAGCGUAAAUUUGGAUUAAAUUGGGAACAGGGGUAGACCUGCCUUUUGAUGACUAUGAAUUAUGUGGGCAUUACAAAAAAAAGCUUGCAAGGAUGAGGAGCACUCAUCCCAUAAUAAACACUAGUUUGGAUGUACCAAUAGUAUGGAGCCAGGACUGAAGAGGAGUGAGGUCAGAGGAAAUGAAAAUGUAAAAGUAAGCAACAGUAAUAAUUACACAAAAGUAAAAGAGUUACAGUUAACAAGGCCAUGGUGAUACAUUUAUUGUUCAGCUAAUUAACACAUGCAGUAUGAUCAAAAUCCAUAAUCUUGAUUUAAGACCAUUAUAUUCCUGUUUAAUUUCUUUAAAGACACGCUGGGCUUCAAAGAUGCUGCAAAAGUUUCUCGAUGCGCCAUGUAUCCAAGCUAUUUUGCUGGACAGUUUCUGGUGGCAGUUUCUGCACUUGUAUCAUGUAAGAAUAAAGGCUGAAUAUUGGGGGCUUGGAAGAUAUUUUUCCUCCUGAUUUUUCGUUUCUGAUUUGCAGGUACUCAGUUUCUUUAGCUACAGUGCAUUUCUCUUUUAAUGCUAGUCCCAGUGCCAGCCCAGCAAUUGCAAAUGAACAUUCCAGAUUUUUUUUAUUGCAUUGCAGAGGGACAAAAAACCUGUAACUUCUGCUUUGGACCUGCUUGCUAGCCUCACUUUCAGUGCCACACAGGGAUGGCCCACCCGUUAAGUCAUUAAAUAAGAACUGACUGUCUUGCAUCAUUUUUCAGGGAUGCUUUAGACAUCCUCUUUAUUGUGCAUUCCUGAUGUUUUGUGUCGGGGCAGUUAUACACAGUCCUGCUUUCAAUGCAGUUUGUGCCUGGAUAAGUUUCAGGGUAGACAUACUGUUUCCAGUCAGUGCAUGUCUCAUAACUUCCUGCUGAAAUCCUGUAACUUUUCUAGUCUGUUUUUGUUUUGUUUUGUUUUGUUUUUUGGUCCUGCUUUUGUUGCACUUCAGUGCAAGAACGCCCUUCAAGAUGGCCAUCAUGCAAUAGCAUUGGAGAUGCAUUGGCAAACAGCUAAUAAAGCAGACUGGUGUGUAGAUGAUCCAGUAUAAAUCCAUCACUAAUGCACAAAUGCAUUGAAUCAAUGGCAUUUUGCAGAAUACACCAGCCUACCCACCCACACAAACCAGUCUGGAGGGAGGGGCCCUUAUAUUUAGACAACUGCCACAUAGCAUCCUUCGGUCCAACGCCUGUCCUGCUUUUCUUCGUUAUGUAGCCAGUUCUUUCUUUUAAGUUAUUUAUCAUUUUUUAUAAUAGUAUUAUUUAUAAUCACAGGAAUUCACAAAGCAGCCAACAAAUAAAAAUAAAAAAAUCACAAUGAAACCUUUAAAACAUUAGCAAAGGAAACAGUUUAACACAGAAACCAGUAUAAUAGCAUUAUCAAAUCAUGAUAAAAGCUAAUGCUUUUAGAGUUGAUGUUUCGCUUAUCAGAGAUACCUCGGUCUCAGACAAAUUAACACUAUAUGUCUGCAGUAGCCCUUAGUAUUGUGCCCAAUAUCAAAUCAGAAGCCAAUUCACUACUGUGAACUCCAGCUAAUGGUCUGGCAGCUGUAUUUUGAACCAGGUGAAGUUUCUGUAUGCUUUUCAAAGGCAGUCUCAUGUAUAAGUAGCUUUCAUUUCACUAUGUGUAUGUUUGUAGUUUAUCCUACCUUUCUGAAGCCUCAUUGCAAACUCCUCACCUUUAUUUCUUUCCCAAUAGCCAAAUCAAGAGAUUCAGGGACAUUUGUUCGAACGCAUUUCAGAAAAUUAUUCUCGCAUUCUGUUGGGCUGUCACAAGGUUGCCAAUCAGGAACACAUCCUUACAGUAAGUAUGAAAAAAAUCAAUAAAGAGAGAACAGGUUUCAAGCAGGGAAACUUCCAUUUGUGCCAAUGAGAGAUAUUUUCCGAAUACUAAUUUUCACCCUGAUAUUGCUUACUGUUAUUGUGCUGGGAAGGCUUAACUUUCCCCUAUCCUUGUACAGUGGUACCUCGGGUUACAAACACCUCGGGUUACAAACACUUCAGGUUACAAACUCCGCUAACUUGGAAGUAGUACCUCGGGUUAAGAACUUUGCCCCAGGAUGAGAACAGAAAUUGUGCUCCCGCGGUGUGGCGGCAGCAGGAGACCCCAUUAGCUUAAGUGGUACCUCAGGUUAAGAACGGUUUCAGGUUAAGAACAGACCUCUGGAACGCAUUAAGUUCGUAACCAGAGGUACCACUGUACUGUGGUGACAGUGACAACCGCUCACCUGACCUGGUAUUUAGUAUUUCAAAACCCACAGCAUGAUUGUGGAUCACAUCAUUAACUUAACAUGUUAACAGUUAACAGUUGCAGUUAACCAAUUUAUUUGAGCUUUGAUUUCCCCUGCCUUGAUUUAGCAUUUCCCUUCACUGCUGAGUCAAGCUGUGUACACCUGCUUCUGCUACUGUUUCUCAAGGUCCUGGUUCAAUACACAUGAAUUCAAGGCUGGGCUCUGUGAUAUAUUCUCCGAGUGGCUGCGAGGUGAGAUGGCCUGUUCUCCUUGCUUAUGAAGGGAGCUGUAUAGACUUUGAUUGGAGAUCCAUGUUUCACACAAUGCAGUAAUGUUUAUGGCAGUGCUUUUUUCUGGGGGGACACAGGGGUACGCAUACCCCUAAAUGUUUUUCUUUGUACUUUUGUCCAUUUACUGUAUUUAUUUCCCCCCGAUUUGAACUAUAAAAUGGUGAUUUUCUUGAGUCAAAAUGAGAGUACCCCUAACAUUUUUUAAAGGAAAAAAGUACUGUUUUUAGCAAUCCUUCAACAUAACAUAACCAGCAGUUAGCUGCCACCCCCUUCCCCUCUUUGAGUCACACUCAGUCAAGAAAUGUGUCUCAUCUUGACAUUUUUGAACUGUCCUUAGGCUUCUUUCUCUUACCCUACUGUCGAAUCCAAAUAAUCACUUGACUAGUUAUAAGUUCCAGAGAAGAGCCAUGUACGUUUGCUGUAACAAAAGCCCCUAGCAGUCCUGUAGUACCUUAAAAGAAUUAACACAUUUAUUAAGGAAUAUACUUUUGUGGAUAAGGAUGCAGUUCAUCAGAUGAUCAAAGUUUAUGCCACAAUAAACCAGUUAGUCUUUAAGGUGCUAUAAAACUCUGUGUUGUUUAAGCUACUUAUAUGUGCCCAAGGGGGAAUUUGCAGUUGUAUUUGUUAAACAGCCGUUCUCCGUGCCACUUUGGAAAUGGUUUUGGAAAGUGAGGCAUCUUUCAGAAGCAGUUUGCAAUAUGGCAUGAAGGCAUUAAAAAGUGAAGAACCCAUUGGGCAUGCUUCAGUUCUUGGGUGGAGGCUGUCUUUUUCCAACAUAAAACAUAAUCAUACAUAGUAAAGGUAAAGGGACCUCUGACUUAGGUCCAGUCAUGAUCGACUCUGGGGUUGCGGCGCUCAUCUCGCUUUAUUGGCCGAGGGAGCCAGUGUACAGCUUCCAGGUCAUGUGGCCAGCAUGACUAAGCCGCUUCUGGCGAACCAGAGCAGAGCACGGAAAUGCCGUUUACCUUCCCAUCGGAGCGGUACCUAUUUAUCUACUUGCACUUUGACGUGCUUUCAAACUGCUAGGUUGGCAGGAGCAGGGACCAAGCAACGGGAGCUCACCCUGUUGCGGGGAUUCGAACCGCCAACCUUCUGACUGGCAAGUCCUAGGCUCUGUGGUUUAACCCACAGCGCCACCCGCGUCCCAGUCAUACAUAACACUGUCCAAUAAGUUACGAUUUACUGUGUAUAGAUGAUAAUAACGAGUGCAUUCUUUUGCUUCUCACUAUCUGUCCUCCCCCUCGCCCCAUAUAGGUAGCUUGAAUGCACCAGGGAGUUAUACUAAAUGGGAUUAUUCCCAGUUGGAGCCAGAGCGAUCCAGAAGAGAAGAUUUGCUGUCUGGAAAAGGAAAAUUAGGGACUGGUAAGUCAAGAUGAGCAAAUCUUUUAAUUUCAGUUUCUCAUUUUUCAGAUAUUAAGUUUAGUUCUCUGCAAUUCCACAUCAGUUUGCAAUUUUUUAAAAAAAAUCGCAUGAAAAGUCAUCAGAAUGUAUGUCGCUUUCUCCUUAUAUUUACAUUUUUGUAUGCAAUUUUAUUUAGUUAGUUUCAACUUUCUGUUUAAGGAUGCUUUAAAAAUGGGCAUUUUGGGUGGGGAGGAAGGGUGCCUUUUGGUUGCUUGUUUUUUAAUGUAUUGACAAUUGGGAGAAAUUGAUAAGUGAUGUAGAAUUACUGGAAGCUGUAAGAAAGACUUGUAACAAUGCCCAGUGUGCCUCUUAAUAUUUGGCGUCUUUUACAGAUGUUGCUGGUAUGUGUUUCGUUGUUGUUGUUGUUGUUGAUGAUGAUGAUGAUAUCCUGCUAUUUCUCCAAGGAAUUCAAGGCAGCACACAGGGUUUUUCUGCUCCCUCUUAUUUUCUCACAUCAAUCCUGUGAACUAGGUUCGGCAGAGAAGCAGUCAAUGGUCCAAAGUUUUUCUUAUGCCUGAGUGAAGAUUUGACUCUGGAUCAUCCUAGUCCAACACGCUAAGCCAGUGGUAGGGAAUGUCUGGCUUAUGGUCCUAAUUAGGAAGUGCCUGCCAAUUUGGGAACUUCCUUUCUCUAGUUGGGAAAAAACGGGUUGGAUUCAAAAUGGAGCAUUUGCAAAGGAUAAAAUUCUGCAGUUUCAUACUUGGAGAAGGCAGUUUGAAUGCAUAUAUUUGCACAUGUAUGUGAUCCUAUUGUGCAUUUCCAAUCUCUUAACCAUUUCUGCACCAGCACAGAUUGUGGUGCCAUGGACUCACUAUAGUGGGUAAGCGUAGUUUUGUAAAGAAUCUUUCUUGGGUUUUUUCUGUUGGAGGCAGUAUUUGCAAAUUGCUUUUAAGAGGAUUUUCCUCUCCUUAAGGUUCAUUAUUGUGGGUUGUAUUCCAGUACUGGGCAAGCAGAAUACCACUUGCACAGUGGGAAUUUUGUUUCACCUGUGCAUUCUGCAGAUCUGCUUUGGAGGGUCUCGCAAUGUUCGGGAGCUGAUUUUGAGCAGGGCGGGCUGGAGGGCACAGGAGAAAAAGUUCCAUUGUGUGCAUGUAACUCUGCUACUUGAGUAGAGCUGUAGUAUUGGAUACAGCCCUGUGUAAUCAACAUGUCUGCUUCCAGGAGGUCUGAUAUAGUAUAAUUGUGGUGUAGGAGGAUAUUCAGUUCCAGGUACAAUAGAUCAGAGGACUGUCUUUCCUAGAGUUGGCAUCCAGCUGUGAAGGGAGCACUGCCUUUAUUCACUUCCCUGUUUUGAUGGGAUUUACCCCCUUGGAUCAGCAAAAUAUUCAAGUGUUCAUGAUUGUUCAGCUCGUAGCUGGCUAGUUUAGAACCAUUUGGGGUCAGCUUCCAUGUGAGCCUCGUAACUGAUGGUGUAGGAAGGAAGAUGGCUAUGUACUGCCAGGGUAGAGGAUAGCCUUCCAUAGGUAGAACCCUCAUCAUUUCAAUAGGAUUCUGAGAAAUCCCCCAAAGGACCAAACUGCAUAUGUAAGAAGUAUAAAGUAUGCAUUGUGGACAGUGUGUUCUGUGUCCCAGGCAGAGAGAAAAUUCCCUAUUCACCCAAUCAUAGGUAAUAAGGAAAUAAUUUAUAAUAAGCAACUUUGAUUUCCACAGGCUGUGAUAUUUCCUUUAGCAGCUAUGCGUUACCUGGUACUACACGGAAGCACCCAUUGACACUCCGAAAGGUAAUAGGUUAUUUCAUUUGCAAGCAUCAGUAUAGGGACUGUCAACAUGAGCAAAGUGUUCUAAACAUAGACGAAAGAUUAUACCAGAGCAGGUGGAGGAUCAACUCAUAGAAUCAUAGAAUUGUACAGCUGGAAGUGACUGCAAGGAUCAUCUAGUCCAACAGGAAUCUUGCCCUACUUGGGGCUUGAACCCACGACCUUGAGAUUAAGAGUCUGGUGCUCCUAUCGAUCAAGGCAUUUGCUCAUAUGACUUAAGGUCUAUAAGCCCCAUGGUACAAUGAUUUUAAGAAAAUAGUACCAGUAACUCUUCCCAAAAAGAAAUGAAAUAUGCUACCUGAAUAAUGUCCCAAUAUUUAAAGUCCUUUCCUCCUUUUUAAAAUCUCCAAACUUACUCCUCCCCACCCAAAUUUAAUAUGUAAAAACAUAAAUGUGGUAUGAAUUUUUUCUUCAUCUCUUGUGAUCUAGAAGCAUACAGCCAUUAAAAAAGUCAAGAAGUCUGUCUCCAGGAAAAAAAUUCAAAAGCAGUUUCCUUUGGAAGGUAAUACAGUGAAAAAUUUGAUAAAUGUUUGCAAGAUCUGUUGUAAACAUUAGAGUCCUCCAUUGCGCUAACAGCAUUGAUGUGGCAUGCUUUUUCCAAGUGAGUGUAUGGAAGCGUGUGUUGUCAUGACUCAUAAGUAAGAGAUGUAGAUGAAUUACAGUGGUACCUCAGGUUACAUAUGCUUCAGGUUACAGACUCGGCGAGAAGCCAAGUUACAGAGAACCAGGCAGGGGGCCUUCUCGGUAGUGGCACCCGCCCUGUGGAACGCCCUCCCACCAGAUGUCAAAGAGAAAAACAACUACAGUGGUACCUUGGGUUAAGAACUUAAUUCGUUCUGGAGGUCCGUUCUUAACCUGAAACUGUUCUUAACCUGAGGUACCACUUUAGCUGAUGGGGCCUCCCACUGCUACUGCACCGCCGCUGCACAAUUUCUGUUCUCAUCCUGAAGCAAAGUUCUUAACCCGAGGUACUAUUUCUGGGUUAGCGGAGUCUGUAACCUGAAGUGACUGUAACCCAAGGUACCACUGUACCAGACUUUUAGAAGACAUCUGAAGGCAGCCCUGUUUAGGGAAGUUUUUAAUGUUUAAUAGGUUAUUGUAUUUUAAUAUUCUGGUGGAAGCUGCCCAGAGUGGCUGGGGAAACCCAGCCAGAUGGGCGGGGUAUAAAUUAUUAUUAUUAUUAUUAUUAUUAUUAAUCUCUCCUUUGGGUAAAGCAUGGAAUGUUCUCUCAUUUCUUCAUAUAUUAAGUGUAUGGGCUCCCAGUAAAAUGAGGCUGCAUUUUAAGCUGUAUUUUAAUCAACUGGUUUUUUAAAAAUGUUUUUAUUGUAUUUUAUAUUUAGUGUUAGCCACCCUGAGCCCGGUCUUGGCCAGGGAGGGCGGGGGUAUAAAUAAAAAGUUGUUGUUGUUGUUGUUAGUCAUUCUUUUUAAAUUAAGAGACAGCUUACAUAACAACUGAGAAGCUUUUUCUCCCUCCCCCAACCCCUAGAAAAAAUGAGUCUAUAUUUUCACUCUUUGAGGACUACAGAGGAUGAUGAGCAGCAUUCAUCACAGAAGCAUCAACGCUCAUCAAAAAAGAAACUGAAGAUUGCUUUGCUUCCUCGAGAGGUAAUGUAAUUCAUGUAGAGGGGACAUUUUAAAAUAGCACAAUUACUUGAAGAUAAGAUAGUAACAUAUUCCUACUGCUUAUACAGAUGUCCUUUGAAUUCAAUACAGAAAAGAAAGUUUAUUCAGCUAGAAUAAUAAUAAUAAUAAUAAUUUUAUUUAUACCCUGCCCUCCCCGGUCAGGACCUGGCUCAGGGUGGCUAACAUCAGAAUAUAUAAUACAUUAAAAAUAUAGAAUCAAACAAUCAAUUAAAAUACAACUUAGAAUCAAGCUAAGGUCAGAAUAAAAUCAGAUGGCAACCCACGAAUUAUAACUAUAAGGGUUGGGAACAUUAAGUGCUAUUUGUGCUGGCCUUACUGGGUGGGACAUUGGGAAGAGUUUCGGAGACCACUUACAUGCAGGGUCUUAUAAAAGGAACUUAUAGAAGGAGAGGGGGUCAGACUGGGCCCUGACCAAAGGCAUGGCGGAAUAGCGCCAUCUUACAGGCCCUGCGGAAAGAUGUCAGAUCCUGCAGGGCCCUGGUCUCUUGUGACAGAGCAUUCCACCAGGCUGGGGCCAGUGCCAAAAAGGCCGUGGCUCUGGUCGAAGGCAGUCUAACCUCCUUAAGGCCUGGGACCUCCAAGGUGUUAUUAUUUACAUAAGGUCCUCCGCGGGGCAUACUAGGAGAGGCGGUCCCGUAAGUACGAGGGUCCUAGGCCGUAUAGAGUUUUGAAGGUUAAAACCAGCACCUUAAAGGAUACAAGCUUAAUGAGGAUGAUUAUUUUGAGAGACACAAAAAUCAGGAGUGAAACAGAAAAGAAGCAUCUUGAAUGAGCAGUUAUGUCAAUCAGAGAGCAAUCCCAGAUUAUCUGUGAGCUGAUUCACACUUGAAAACUACCCACAUGGAAGUAUAAGGGGCCACAGCCAGGCUGACCACAAGGCAUCACUCAUGCAGAAAGACUGUGUAACCUCCAGAAGGGAGAGUUUAAAAAUUGCUAAUGGAACCACAGAAAAUGUGAAUCCAUGCACAUACAUGCCAUUCAUGCAAAAAGCAUCUGUGAGCCCUGCUCAGCCAUGAGACAACCCUUCCCGUUAUUGAGGGGCUCACAUUAGGAUAUUAAAUAUAGCAAGCUGUAAAGGUGAGGUUGCUGCAUUAUUGUGCCAAUGAAAAUCUGUAGGAAAUCAAAGAUCAGGGAUACAAUAAUGUAUCUUCUAGAUCUAGAAGAAUGAUGUAUAUUUGUAAAACAAUUGACAUUCAAAAGAUAUUUCAAAUCUUUCCCUUUGGUUUUUGUUGUGAAAAUUGGAUGCAACAGUUCAAGGUUUCUGACCUGAAAUGCAACAUAUACGUAAAAUUUUACUGCUUUUGAUUUGUUACUUCCCCUGAUAGGUUAAAAGAACAAAUGCAUCAAAGUAUACUGAAUUCUGUUGCGCGUAAAGUGAAAUAGAAUGAAUAGCUGCCAGCUAUUACCAAAUGUUGAAUACUACAUGCCUUUUGCCAUCAAACAUUAACUGCUGCUGCAAAAUUAUUGGGUGUCAAAUUAUUGGAUUCAAAAUGAUUGAAUAUCAAAUGGUAGCUGGGGAAUGUUUGGAGAAUGUUCUCCAUCAAAAUUCAGGAAGACUUUGAGCAGCUGUUUUUUAUAUUUUUAUAUUUGAGAAGCUAACAAAGUGUUAGCAGUGGUUGUUGCGGACAGUUUGAAUGUAUUAUCAAAGUUCUGUGAGCAUUUACUCUGGAUGGAAACAAUUACAGUUGUAAGAUGCUACUACAUCCACAAAUCUGAGUGUAAUAGAAGUAACCACUGUCCUCAUUUAUCUUCUAGUCACAUCCAGCCAGUUCUGGUCCUGAGUACACCUGGCACCACCUGAAUAUUCGUGGUCACUGCCCACUAAUUCAGCACUUUCUUCAGAAGCAGAAUGCUGUAUCAAAGGCAGGAUGUGACAUAUUUUUAAGCAGGAGGGCAAUUUGCAAGCCAAUACCAUAUCCUUAUGAACUGUUCAAGGGAAAUGAGGAUGGGAAAUUCUUUUAUAUAGCUACGUUUUUGUUCAUGAUUCACCAGUUCAGAAUUACUUAUGAACAGUGCAUUAUGCAGUAUGUUGAUCAGUUCAUAGCUUAUAUUUAGGACAAUAGAGCAUUAAGGUUGUUGUUGUUUUAAAAAAUGUCCACACUUAACAAUUCAAACUAAGCCACAUCAAAGAGUCCCAGGUAUCAAGGGGUGUAAAUAUACAAAGUAAUUUUUGACAAUGUUCUGGGAACCAUGCAGUUCCUCUGAACCUCCGUCAGGAAUUCUUGAGUGAGAUGAUCAUGAAGGAAGACAAACUUGAAUAGCAGUUUGCUCAUUGUUCCUGAUCUUUCUGUGAAAUAAUGCAGAACAGUAGCGAAGUACUGGAUGUGCUCUCAGUAUCUGAUGGGUUAGGCCAGAUAAGCCUAGCUGAAACCGUGUGCCCUAAAUCAAUUCUUAGAUGCAGGGAAGUAUCUGUCAAUUUUGGAUCUCUCAGUUUCUCAUUUUUCCAACCUUAAAUUCAGUUCCCAGCAUUUCUGCAGGAAUUUGUGUUUUUUUGUGUUUUUUUUAAAAAUCCGUAUGAGAAUUAUUUGGCAAUUUAUUGUGAAUUUGUCCUAAUAAAUACCUUUUCCAUGUAAUUUUGACUAUUGUGCACAUUUUUGCAAGCAAUUUCUCCUAAAGCAUUUUUGUGUUAUUUUCACAAAUAUGUUCAUUUUAAUCCACAUUUUGACCUAAUAUAUGCAUUUUCGUAAACAGGUGACUUGGUUGGAGAACUGCAUUGUAAAAUUGGAUAAAUGCUAAUUCUGAAAGAUGGCUGUGUUCUUGUUCUCAUAGUGUUUAAAAAAGUGCAAAUUUGAUAAGAGUCACUUUUAAAUGCAAACCUGAAUCAAAUUUCUCUCCUAUUCCUCCUUGGGAGACAGUUCAGUAUAGAAAGGGUUCCCUGAAAGUAGGAUGUUUAAAAAACACGUUGUUGUUGUUAGUGGUGGUAGUAGUAGUAGUAGUAGUAGCAGUAGUAGUAGUAGUAAUAGUUUUUCCCAGUCUGGGAAGAAGUCCCCACUCAAGGGGACUUACAUAGAUAAAAUAGAACAAAUUAAAAAUAUAGAAAAGUCAACCAUUAAAAUGUAAUUAAAGCAGACAUAAAAAAGUUCCGCUUCUUAGAGUAGAGGACAACAAUUUAGUCAGCAGAGACAAAAAAAGCACAGCUAGAGAAUGAUUUAGGAGCUGAUUUUAAUAUGUUAUAGUUAAAGAUGCAACAUCUCUGUCUGCAAACUAGUUCCCUGUAUGGAAGACAUGUUCACACUCCCAAUAUUUUUUUGUCUUUUAUGAUUAAAUAACCAACCUGUGCUGCAGAAGGAUCAAACUUAAGUUUUAAAUUCUGAAUUAUAAAGCAGUUUAUCAUUUACUAGGGCUGAGGACUUCUGGGUUAUAAAGAGCACAAAAGGAACACAUGUGUAUACCUUUUAGUUUCACUGGAUUGCAGCCAUUGACUUUCAUUGGCCAUUUCAUGGUCCACUCAAGCCAAAUUGCAUUCCCAGAAACACACAUGGGGCUGUUUCUACCCCUGUAAUGCAGAAGGUAGGAGGGCAUGCAGUUCUUGACUUGGUAUUAGUGGUUUUGGGCUCUUAUAAAAUCCUACUCUGAACCUUCAGUCUACUUUAGACCCAUAUUUAAAGAUAAUUGCCCCUAUCCAGCGCAGUUAUGCAUGCUUAAGCCCAUUUAUUUCAAUAUAUUUACAUCUGUGUAGUUGAAAUAUUUAUACCCUGCCUACUAACCAAAGUCCUUGGGAGAGUGUACAAUAUUGCUAAAAUGCUGUACAAAAACAAUUUGGAUAUUAGAGUCCCACUCACGGGGCAGGGCUUUCUCACCCUGGCUGAUUUUGAUAUCUACUUAGUUCCUUGGCUCCUGGUGGUAGAUGCAAGAAUUACAGGUGAGGCAAAGGCCUCCCUCACCUUCCAGUCUUUGGAUGCCCCAAAGCGGAUGAAUUUCUGCAUCGCACAACAGGUCUUGGAGGAAAUAACCCUGGCCUGUAAAUGGCUGCUUAAGUAGCCAGAUGUUAAGGGUCCUUUGCAGAUUGGUGCUUCCUCCCCCAAGCUGCUACUGAUGACCAUCUCAACUGGUGUAACAGAUUUCUGAAAAAUAGUUUUGCAUUAUCCAUAGAGUUGCCAUUGACUGAGUUUUAUUCCCAGAUAAUUACAGAAUAUGCUUCCCCUCACCCCACCCCGCCCCCCCAAAGCUCAGUACAUGUUCUCUUUGGUAUGCUUGAGGUAAGCAAUUGGAUUAAAUUUUUCCUUUACUUCUGAAAUCACGGAUUCUGCCCAGACAUAUGCAGAAGUGAUCAAGCAAAGUUUUCAGAGCCUCCGCCAGAGGCACAAAGAUUUCAUGAAGACUUAUCGGAGACACCGGAGAGAAAUGAGGAAAUUUGAUCAACUGAGCAAGUAUAACCUGUUGGUUUUCAGGUAUUUAAAGAGCUUGUUAAGUACAGCUUUAUACAUUACAAUCUCAACAUGAAGGAGACUGGACUGUCUAAGGGCCUUUCCACGACCAGCUGUAUGCAUAGCCAAUGCAUGGUUGCUGUUUGCUAACACUAAGAACUAUCAUGACAGUUCAGAUAGCUUAGAAUUGUAGCAUUGGAAGGGACCUGAAGGGUCAUCUAGUCCAACUCCCUGCAAUGCAGAAAUCUCAGCUAAAUUAUCCAUGAUAGAUGGCCAUUAAACCUCUGCUUAAAAACCUCCAGUUAAGGAUAGUCCACGGCUUCCCGGGGGAAAUCAUUCCAAUGUUGAACAGCUCUUAUUGUCAGAAAGUUCUUCCUGCUGUUUAAUCAGAAACUCCUUUCUUGUUUUAGACAUCCUUGUAUUUUUGCUAUGUUGCCUUAUACUGUAGUGUACAGUUAAACUUGUGCAUUUAUUGUACCAGUCCACAUACUGCCUCUCAGUUUUGUACUUCUAUUGCAUGGACUUGUCAUUUUCCCAGCAUUUAAAAUUAAAUGUUUUACUUGUGAUAAUCCCUCGUGAGCAGAACAACUCUCCCUGCACAUUGUCUGCACAAUUGCAUUAACUUUUUUAAAAAAUUGAAGUUGUGUGCUUUCCCUGUUUAUGAUGGAGGGCUCAUUUAGGCAUAUUUAAGGAUAAACUUCAGCAAGACUAUGUCCCUCUCAGCGUGGAUGUCUGUCCUUGUGUUUUAUUCAUGAUGUGCAGAUGCCUUAUAAAAAAUGAGUAAUCAGAGUGUGGCUAUUUCACAGUAAAUGACCAUUGUGAAAGUAGCCCUAAUUUUCUGCAAUGUAUUGCAAGGUUUCUCUUCACCUUCCUUAAAUUUAAUGGCUUUUUCUUUAAAUUAAUUUCAAGCAUAAUUAAUUACACUUUUUCCCUUGUCACCAUAGGCAAGAGAUGCUGGAAGAGAUGAAAAAGCAGGCCCAAAAGCAGAAAGAGUUGUUUUCUUGCCCAGAGGGACUGAGUUCUUCAGACAAGUUUAUAUGCCGCACCCCAAAAGUCACGUUCAACUAACUGACUUGUUAACUUACACGUGGCGCUAGCAAUAAAUUUAGUUUUCUCUUUUUGAAAUGAAUGAGACUUAAGUUCAAACUGAAUCUAUUUGGGAGAAGCUGUUCUAUAAACAUUGUUACUAUCUGCUUUAUAAAAAGAAUGUUUAAAGGAAAUUAACCUAGAUUUGGUGCAAAGAGAUGUACAAAAGCAUUUCUGAUUAGAAGCAAUUGUGUAUUACUGCAUUACAGGAGUAAGGUGAGCACUGGUUGAGAGGGAGUUUCCUUCAUUAAUUCAGGCAUGUCAUUUAUGUUGAAUUCUUUUAAGAGGGGGUUCUCGUUUUCAUACCACUGUUUGGCCGUGUCCAUUUCAAUAAUAUAUUGACUAUGAACGGGACUUAAAAACAGGGCUCAGAUAUAUCCUAGGCUAGACAGACUAAGUAUAAAGCAGGGGUGGGGAUUUUGGGACUCUCCAUAUUUUGCUAGAUUACAACUGUCAUCAUCUCUGAUCAUUAGCCACACCAGAUGGGGUUUAUGGAAACUGGAAUCCAGCAACCUCUGAAGAAUCACAGGUUACCCAUGCCUGGUUUAGAGGCACCUGGAAGCUGUCUUUAGAAAUUUUAUUUUUGCUACCUAGAUCUCUAUACAUCUUCUAGAUCUUAGCAUACCUUACUUGGAAAGCUAUAUUUAAGCAUAUGUGUUUUCUCUUCACCUUAUUUUCUGUUUUCAUGAAAAUCAAAUUGUAAUAUUUACCUUUAAGGGGCAGCAUUUUGAAAUGUUAAAAAUCCCAACCUACAUUGCUUUUGAAAAUCUACCAUUAUGUACUGAAAUAAUGGCUUUUUGCAAUAUCUAUAUAUUUAACACAACUCGGUCGUUUACAUUAUUUCAACAGUUCAUUACAACUGUCAGUACUUAUUUCAUGCAGUUAUUCUGAACACAAAGCAGAGAAACACUAAUUUAGUACACUUCGAAGGUCUGAACUUGUGUUUGACAAUAUUUGUUUAAAAUCAUAAUUGACUACCUUUUUCAAUGAUUUCAAAGGCUCCUUAACCAGUGCUGUGACACAAGGCAGUAUGUUCUUUCUCUACUUCACAUCUUACCCUGCAGCCCAGUGAACUGAAUGUGCUGGUCUUCAGUGUUGGUGGUCUCAGGGAUGCAGCAUUUAGUAUUUUAUGCCCAUAAAAGUACUGUGAUAAAUCUAUGGAGUACCUGUGUUUCAUUAUUACAAAUCUGUGAAGAAUAUAUCAAAUUUAAUUUCCCUGAGACAUAGUGAUUUAGGAAAAAAAUUGUAACAGGACAUCAGUUCUAUCUAGCCCAAGUUUACCUUUUCACAUUUUAUAAUCCCAGCAAUAAAAGGAGGAGUUAGAGGAUUACAUGAGCAAUCCUACUAGAAUUCUUUUUUCUUUCUUUUUUUUUUACAAUUAGUUUGCAAAAAACAUGCCCAAGGUAACAUUUUCUGUCCUUGGAAGAAGAAAUCUUUUGGUGUAGUGGUCUUACAUAAAAUACCCAGACAUGUAGCAAUGUCCAUAAAAACAUCACCUGCCAACUUCUUAAUUCUGAACCAAAAAAGGCAAUUAUGGUCAAGCUGAGAAAUCCUGGCAAUGAGCCAUUUCUUACAGACAUUCUGACACAAUUUCUUUUAGUUCUGUACCAGAGAAGUAGAUACUGGUCUGAUCCAGUUUGCCAGAUUUCAUGCUGUUUUGCAUGGACUGAGAAGAAGGUGCCCAUCCCCAAAUAUUUGAAGUUACAACUGCCAAUCCUCUUGCAAUAGCUACGUUCAACAGUGCGAACUGGAGAGUAAGGCUAUGUUUGUGCUCCUGCAUUUCUGAACCAUAGAUUUAAGUACUGGGAUAUAGUCAAGGUGCAUAUGAAAUAGUUUUUAAAUUGUGUCUCUAAGCAUGUACAGAAUACUUUUCCCUCAUCACUGAAAAGAAUCACAUCCCAUCAAUCCCAAUGAAUUUGGGCAAAGAGUUGGCCCCACUAUUUUUAGUAAAUAAGUAUUGUUCUGUCCCAUAAUAAAGUUUCCAGUGGGAGUGCGAAUGGUGACAGUGGGCAUAUACGUUAAAUGUCUUGUACAUGUCCUAUAAGAAGUACUAUGAAUCUGUUCGUCCUUUGACAUCACUUAUGAAGCUGCUGCUCCAUAUCCCCUUUCAGUCUGAGGUGUGACAGAAGGAUACAAUGAAUGGACCCUUUUCUGUAGUGGUGUCUAGAUAGUAGACAACAUUUCUCAACCAGUUAGCCUGGCCCAAUUACUGCUCAUUUUCUGACUACUGGCCAACACUCUCAGUUGGCAGGCUUUUAAAAGUAUGAUUUUUAUUAACAUGAUGCUGAAGUUGUUUGCGCUGAUGGUGUAUUUUACUGGUAGUUUUGAUGUGUGCUUUGUUUUGAUCAUAUUUUAGUUACUGUUUUAACUUAUAGUUUGCUGCCCUGUUCCCAAAAGGUAUCAUAUAAAUGUUGAAAGUAAAUAAAAUGCUUUCAGAUUCUGUGUUUAUAUGAUUCUAAGCAGCCAAAUCCUUUCUGUGCUGCUUUUUCCCUUUCUAAGAAUUUUAAGAAUUUUAAAGGAUAUGUAGCAGAAUUUCUCUCUCUCUCUCUCUCUCUCUCUCUCUCUCUCUCUCUCUCUCCAGACAUGCCGUGUACCAAAUUCAUACCAAAUUCAAAAUGUAAGAUAAGAAUUCAUGGGCCUGAUCCUCCUUGCAGAUGGUAGAGGUCAAAUUCUUAUUACUCUGGUAUAGCCAGACAGAAGCCUGCAGGUGUGAACAUGUUCCCAAAGCAUGGCCCAAUAGCACAACCAACUGGUGCAUUCAUACAUUUGUCUCUUUGAUACGUUCUUACAUAGGUUUGCUUUGUUUCCUGAGAAUGUGUUUGCUUUGUUUGCUUCUCCUAACCCAUGUACAGUUAAAGAUUGCAAUAAAAAAAACCUGCUAAUCUU